CUGUUCUCAGUUCUCGCGCGUCGCGUGUGUUAAGCGCGCCGCGUCGCUCGCGGUGCAUAUCGAUUUUAGGCAAGGUUGUAAAUUCAAAUGUGUGUUCCUCGCUCUGAAUCCGUUCAGAAAGGGUGGGGUUGCUCGAUUGCGCGUGCUCGGUGUGUGGACUGGAGUCUGGGGGUGUGUGCUGCCCCGAUGGUUUAAAUCCUACACAUGCGUACUGGAUUUGGGGUUCAAGGGAAUAGGCUACGCCAUAUUGGAAACACUGUAUAGUUUAGCUAACAGUUUAUUGCUAGCGGGGGAAAGAGCCACUAAUUGAUUCCCGUUGGUUGUGUCGUUCGGCACGUCGUUAUUUUCCCUGUCGUUUCGCGUAGCCCCGUUUACAGGCUCGUUCUCGCGGUCCGAAAUCAAACUUCUCCGCUGAACGGGGGAAAGGCGUCCGUUUGUUUGACAGGGGUGUUGGAAAGACGGGUUGAAUGGAUCCGAGGGUCGCUUGGAUUCAGCCGGAACAGAAGGGUCCCGCGAACGCGUUAUGGAUGCGUGUGUGGGAGACGUCUCAGGUCAACCGGACUAACACGGGUCAGCACCAGAACCACCACCACAACAACCUCUGUGUCAACUCCCCGGCGUUUGACGGUUAUAAAACUGUAACGUUAGCGUCCAAUGCGAAUAACAGCACUAACAUUAAAAACAACGGCACUGCGAACUCGAGCAGCGGCUCUGCGGCUCACGCGUUGAAUGGAAACACGGGAGACGGCGAAAUGACCCAAAAGACCGGCUCGGUGGCGGAUCUGGCCUCCAGCUGCUCUAAAAUAAGGACUACGAGCCCUAAUAUAAUCGCUGGGAAUAUGAACAAGGGGCAUGCGUUUUUUACUUGCAGCGAGAGCGUGCUGAAUAAUGUCAACCAUCAUCAUCAUCACCCUCCUCUUCCUCAUCUACGGCAUCUCCUUCAUCAAGAGCAGCAGCAGAGUUGCAUGAAGCGGCAUCCGUCACAUUCAGCAGCGGUUCACAGCCACCAUCACCACCACCAUCAUCAUCCGGGCCGGAGGAAAAGCGACAACAAGGCCAGCACCUAUGGGAUAAACUACCUGCUCUCUAACUGGGCUAACGGCAAUUAUGACAAUACCGGCACGCCGUGGAAGACGAGGAAAUAUAACCCAGGAGUGGACGGCUUGCAUGAAGAAAUCAUGGACUUCUACAAUUUCAUAUCUCCUCGUCCUGAGGAGACCACCAUGAGGCAGGAGGUGGUGGACAGGAUAGAGUCGGUCAUCAAAGAGUUGUGGCCGACCGCUGAAGUCCAGAUUUUUGGCAGCUUUAGCACUGGACUCUUUCUCCCAACCAGUGACAUUGACCUGGUGGUGUUUGGGAAAUGGGAGAAACCUCCCCUGCAGCAGCUGGAGCAGGCGCUCCGAAAACACAAUGUGGCAGAACCAUAUUCCAUCAAAGUUCUGGACAAAGCUACGGUACCAAUCAUCAAACUGACAGAUCAGGAUACCGAGGUGAAAGUGGACAUAAGUUUUAACGUGGAGACGGGCAUCAAAGCUGCUAACUUCAUCAAAGAAUAUGUGAAGAAGUAUACCGUGCUGCCUUAUUUAAUCUUGGUGCUGAAGCAGUUCCUGCUGCAGCGAGACCUCAACGAAGUCUUCACGGGAGGAAUCAGCUCCUACAGUCUCAUCCUGAUGGUCAUCAGCUUCUUACAGUUACACCCAAGGAUUGAUGCUAGGAAUCCCAACAUGAACCUUGGCAUUCUGCUCAUCGAGUUCUUCGAGCUGUAUGGAAGACACUUCAACUACCUGAAGACGGGCAUCAGGAUAAAGAACGGCGGCGCUUACAUGGCUAAAGAGGACAUCAUGAAGGCCAUGAGUAAUGGCUACAGGCCCUCCAUGCUCUGUAUCGAGGACCCUCUUCUUCCAGGUAAUGACGUGGGCAAAAGUUCGUAUGGUGCCAUGCAGGUGAAGGAGGCUUUCGACUACGCGUAUAUAAUACUGGGUCACGCCGUCUCACCUCUUGCACGUUCUUACCCCAAUAAAGACAGUGACAGCACUUUGGGCCGCAUUAUUAAAGUCACCCAGGAAGUCAUCAACUACAGGGAGUGGAUCAUAAAGAAGUGGGGUUGCAGACACAACGCCCGCAUUGAGAGGAACAAAGGUGCAUCUCCUAAAGACUCAGUGGAGCAGGUGGAGACGGGCACACUGCUGGGUGUAGGUGUGGAGGAGCAGCAGCAGAGGGACUCGGUGUCCCCUCACAGCGCAGACUCCCCCAUGUCCCUCUCCAGCCCUCAGCAGCACUCCUCCGCCUCUUCUGCGUCCUCGCUGUCAGGCAGUGAUAUCGACUCUGACUCCACACCGUAUGUGGCUCCACCUGUAGCCCCCUUCCCUCUCCAGAUCCUGGCACCCGGUCCCCUGCCCCCAGCGCUUCAGAUGCACACGGGCAAAGCCAGCAUCACUGCAGCACUCAGCAUGCCUCCGGCUGCCCAGGCGAGAGUGUCAAUCCCCGGCAGUUUCUCUGUCCACGCUCUACCUGGCAGACAGGUGUGUAUGGCAGAUGGACCACCCCCAUACUUCCACAUGCCCCCCCCAGCUCCCCCCAGCCCUCUACCCAGUCCCCACCACCAUCCCAAGUGGAAGUCAAUGGGAUCCAGAACUAUCAUCUUUUGUGUCCCACAGAUGACAGACAGUCAUACAGGUUUGCAACAUCAUGAUGACAGGUCCCAAGUUCCCAUGGAAGGGCUUCCACAACCCCGCCGUGGUGCACAGUCCCGUCCUUUCCAGCCGAAGCCACAUGCAGUACAACCGCAACACCUGGCGCCGCAGGAAGAGGGACAAUGUGCUGGACAACCUCAGCAGAUAAAGCCCUCGCGCCUGCCCUCCAGAAGCUCCCCUUCCACCCCUCACUUCCUCUUCCACCCCUCCGGUCCCAUCUCAAGACGAUGAGAACUCAUUGAGCCCUCCUGCUGAUGGUGUGAGCACUGAGAGACCAGCGUUUGCCACCCAGCUCCUCGUUCAGUAGUUGUGGUGAUGGUGGUGCUAAGUAGUUCAGUCUGCCACUGAAUCUCUGCAUGUAUAUGUUGACUCGAUUUGGGGUUUUUUGACCUGUGCAAUCUUCUUGAGGAAGCUUCGAGAACAGGAACUGUUGUUUGUUUGUUUUGUUUUUUGAUCGUCUAAUCCACAACUUCCUGUUUGUUUGUUUGUUUGUUGGUGUGUUUCAUGCUCCGUUGUUUAUCUGUCUUCAUAUUUUCAGUCUAAACGUGACACCCUUCACAUGUGGGACGACCUGGAUUCAGUGGAUUUCAAGUGUGUGUUUUGUUGUUUCGGGGUGUAUGUAUGUGUGACGCUGGCUUCGAAUCCUGCACUCGAGAUGCUUCCAGAUCCUCCACCGUAUUGACUGUUCACAUCACGCAACCUUUACUUUCUUGUGCAAUAACUGUGUGUUUUUGUUCACUCCGGAAACAUGUUUAAUUUUUUUGAUUUUGUUCGCUUUUUUUCUGUGUCCCGCAUUCUGUUUUUGUAAAAACGUUUUUAUUUUUGUAAUGUUUUUAAUUUCGUUCAUCGUUUACAGAUUCCUGUCAGACAGGCUCCUUAAGGGGAAAAGUCAGUUUUAAAACUGUUUUUGAGAGUUUAUAUUCCCUCUUCCCCUUUUCUCUGCAUAAAUUGCACCUGGACGAGCGCGAGUUAAAGCGGCCAAGUGUAGAUCUCGCAGAACGACUUGCCUGUAGGUGUCACCAUUUCCCACUUUGUGUUGAGCUUCAGAGUCUCGUCUGUUGGCUUUUAUUCGUCUCGUUCGUCUUUAAGGUUGUAGUUGUGUGGCAUUGAGGCCUUAGGCCUUGGAUUUAACCGAUUGAGAACCGACUGAUAGACAUUGAAAAAAUUCUCAAGCCCUUAGUCUGUACGCGCUUUCAUUUAUAUGUGUGUCUGUCCUUUUUUUAAUCGCUCUAGGUAAGUGUGAGACGUGAAUUAUUUUAGGGAAGCUCUAAUGAACGUGCGAGCAGACUCCAGAUCAGUGCAGCUUUAUGCAAGGUGCCCUUAUCGGACCGUUUCGAGUUCUGAACGGGCAUCCGAAUCAGAUUAGCGGAGAACGGGAAUUUAUUUUGAUUCCUUUCUGGAAUCUUGAUGUGCAUUUAUUGCCAGGUACAUGCUCUAAUAUAUGCCUUUUUGGUAAUUACCUAUUCCUGUACUGUAUUGUAUUGUUUUUUUGGGGGGAGGGGAGGGUUCUGUUUGUAUAUGGCACACUAAAACUGUAUUGCCGUUGCUGAACAUCACAGGCAUACAGGUUAUAGUUACUAUGCAAGUGGAGUUUUGAAAACCUCUGAUCCUGUGUCCCUCACGACGGCCGUUUGCUUGUUAAUCUUGUCAAAGUGACCGUAGACGGACCCAGGCCUGAGAGCAACGCAUCAAGGUACACGUGAACCGUUCCUGUAUGCAAGUUCAGUCUGUUUCGAUGGAGGGAGAACAGCCAGACGUCUUGUCUGGAGUUUUUGCGGAGCAGAUAUUUCCUCCUGAAGAUCAACCAGACUAUUUUACUGCUGUUACAAUGUUACAACCAUGACUUACAGUCUGUAUGGAAUGACUUUGAUUGCCACAGGCUUACGUGACUUGUUUUUACAAAGUCAUAUGUGAUACAGAGACUGCGGAUUGUCCUUGUAACUCUUGACUCGCCUGCCUCUCAAUGCAAUAGGGCAAAUGUAACACUAAAAGCAGUUUCUGCUUUAGAUAGAACCAGCAUCUUUUGCAAAAUGGGUCAGACAUUGAGGCAACUCUCCCCCUCCUUCGGUUCACAUAAGGACCUACUUUACAGGUGAUUUUGUCUGAAUGGAAACGGCUCCCUGUUUUUCCCGAGUGAAUCUGUGGAGGUGUGCUGGAAAGGUGGAAGUGUUUCACUCUGUAAUGGUUUGACAUUUGUAGUGAUGUACUUGAUACAGUGUGACGCUCCUCAUUGAAUCUCAGUGAUGGAUUUUAAAUGUAAUUUUUUUUUUUUUUUUUUUUUUUGCUGACGUCUGUUAAUGUCGCAGUGGCCAAAAGCACUCUUUGUCAAUCCUUAACUGAAAGCCCUCAGUGUGGCCUGCUCCGCAUCCAAGAGGUCAGACGGAGGAAUUGUUUUUGUUUUCCUUCAAUAUUUUUAUGUAAUAUUUUUUUUUCUAUUUUAUUUUUUAAAUAAACAUCUUAAAACCA